AUGAAAAGAAAUCAACCGCCCGAGAUUUUGUCGCCGGAACUGAAGGGGAAACCGACGGCUGCUGCUUCUGCCGCCGCCGGGGCACCCAAUUUCUCCUCCUUACCGAAACACCUCGUCGACGGCAUCCUAUUCAAACUGCCGGCGAGGUCUCUGUUCCGCUUCAGGUUGUUGUCCCGUUACCAUCUCAACCUAAUUCAAUCCCCUGACUUUAUCGCCGCCCACGCCAGCGAUUCCUGCCUCAAUCGCGCCGGCCUUCUCGUCCUCGCCGAUUCCCAAUCCGGGAAAGCGGCCUCAUUCUUACCCCCGGCGAUACAGGGGAAGACGAAAGAUGGGGUUUUGAACUUCCCCUUGCCCUUCCUCAAGGGUUACGGCUGCAAUGCCAGAUUCAGCUACGCCGGAUCCUUCAAGGGUUUGGUCUGUUUGAUCGUCCGCCGACAGGGAGAGUACUGGGUCCUGUGGAAUCCGGCCACCUCCCAAUUCAGCUUCGGUCCUCCGCCGAUCUUGUCUCAGGAACACUGCUUCUGCAACUCGCGCUACCGCCGUCGCCUCUGGGUCGUCGUUGAUGGAUUCGGGUACGAUUCCGCGGCCGACGAUUACAAAUCGGUUAGGGUUUUGGGUUGGGAGAAUGCGAUUCAGGUCGAGGUUCUAACUUGGGCUAAACGGUACUGGACAAGAAUCCACGCCGGCGAGGGCUUUUACUCCAUCUUCCAUAUCAUCUCUGGACCUCCCAGCUUUCCCGAUUCCCCUGUUUCGACCGAGGGCAGAGUGAAUUGGAUGGAGGCUAGUUCCAGUAUGGUGCUUUCCUUCAGACUACGCGAUGCCAAUUUAGAGUGGAUUUCGACUCCGGAUGCUGCUGUACCUUCGUGGUCUGUUAACAGGACCAUUUGUGCCUGGAAAGGAUCGCUCGCCAUGCUUGUACAGCCUUUGCAGGAGCCAUUGCUCAGUGUUUGGUUGUACGAAGAAGGAGGAUCAUCUUGGUCUAGUUUAGUUUCCAUUGCCACACAUGGCGUUCCUCGCCGAGUGGAGGCUAUAUGGGGCUUCGAUGUCGAAAGCUUAUUGGCGAUGUAUGUCGAUUGCAUUGCCUGUGAUUCCAGGGGAGGCAGAUUUAAGCGCGCGCAACACGUGACUCCGCUUUCCAUCGGUCUAGAAGUCGGCUACGGUAAAAUGCAAGUGAUCAUCCCAAGGAACACUCCCAUCCCAACCAAGCUCUACGGCAUCCUCUCCCGCCGAACCUUCCGCUGCCGGGAAUCUGUGGGAUUCCCAAUCUACCAAGGAGAAAGAAGCAUGGCACGCAAGAAUCGGUUUCUCGGCAAACUGUCGUUCACCAAUAAUAAUAAUGUCCCGCCUGCUGCUUCCCGCAAUAUCAGGGAUACUUACGGAGAGCUGAGAGGUUGGUUCGGCAUCGACGCCGACGGGACCCUAACCGUGCGUGUCAAGGAUUUGGCCACCGGAAAAGAGCAGGAGAUGAGAGUGGAAGGCGUCGCCGGCGGGAAGAGGAAGAUGGUCUUGUCGGAGGAGGAGGUGGAGAGGAUGGUCCGUGAAGGGCAGGAGCACAAGGUGGCGGACCAAAAGUACGUCGAGGAGAUGGAUGCUGCGUGGGAGGCCAUGAAUUCUGCAUGGUCCAUGAUGAGGCGUGCCCAGAUGUCGCUGAUCAAUGUGACGACGGACGGUGAGGAGACGUACCGUACGUUUAAAAAUGUCGCGAUGCAGAUGCUGAACGAUUUUAAACCCGAAGCAAAAGACGAGUAG